AUGGAUCAAGCCCAAGGGGGUCAAGGCGACCUCAACUGGCGCCUGAGUGCGCAUCCGAUCACGCUACUUGUCUUCUUAGGCAUUCGCAUCGGUGCAUUAUUGAUGUAUCUCUUCGGUGUUCUGUUCAUCGAUGACUUUAUUCUCGUCUUCAUCUUCACGCUUCUCCUCCUGUCCGCUGAUUUCUACUACCUCAAGAACAUUGCUGGCCGCCGGUUGGUAGGCCUGCGUUGGUGGAACGAGGUCGACACCUCAACCGGAGACUCGAAAUGGGUCUUUGAAUCCUCCGAUCCCAACGUUCGUACCGUGACAGCCACCGACAAGCGGUUCUUCUGGUUGAGCUUGUAUGUCACACCGGCUCUUUGGGUUGGUCUUGCUAUCUUGGCCAUUGUGAGACUCGUGGGUGUAAUUUGGCUCAGUUUGAUCGUUAUUGCUCUCAUUUUGACAAUCACGAAUACUAUGGCUUUCUCCCGCUGCGAUAAGUUCGGGCAAGCCUCAACGUAUGCCAACUCGGCCUUGGGUGGUGGUAUCGUUAACAAUUUGGCUGGUGGCCUGCUGGGCAGGCUCUUCCGUUAA